AUGGCUGCACAAAAUGACACCAUUAUUCGAAUUCCUGAAAAGAAAUCUGAUGAUGAUUUUGAUUACUCCCAAAGGGGACAGUGGCUUCGGGCAGCUGUUCUAGGAGCCAAUGAUGGUUUAGUUUCGGUUGCAUCUCUGAUGAUGGGUGUGGGAGCCGUUAAACAUGAUGUGAAAGCCAUGAUUCUUACGGGCUUUGCUGGUCUAGUUGCAGGCGCUUGCAGUAUGGCAAUAGGUGAAUUUGUGUCUGUUUACUCUCAGCUUGAUAUAGAGGUAUCUCGGAUGAAAAUAAACGGAUCAAGAAAUGAAAACGAAGCACUGCCAAAUCCCACGCAGGCGGCUGCAGCAUCGGCCCUUGCAUUUGUCUUUGGGGCUAUCGUGCCUUUACUUGCUGCUUCUUUCAUAGUGAACCAUGGGGUGAGGUUGGUGGUGGUGGUGGCAGCCGUGACGAUGGCACUGGUGCUUUUUGGGUGGAUUGGAGCUUUUCUUGGGAGGACUCCUGUGGUGAAGUCUUGUGUUAGAGUUCUGGUGGGAGGGUGGAUGGCGAUGGCUAUUACGUUUGGACUCACCAAGUUGAUUGGCUCUAGCGGACUGUGAGUUUAGAUCGAUGCAAUUGUUGUUUUCUUGUUGUCUUGAUCUCUCGAUGAU